AUGUGGAAGCUCGCACUCACUUCGCUAGCGCUACUGGCGUCCCUUACCCGAGCGCAAAUCCGCGAUGGUGACGAGAUUUGCGUCAUAAGCGAUUCGAACUCAUGCGCCGUAGACGACCUCACCACCUCAUCACUUGACAUCAGUACCGUCAUUUACCCAGGCGGCACCACUCGCUGCGCCUUCGACGACUUCUACAAUGCCAGCGUGGACUACACCACCAACUCGACGUACUUCUUCCAGGUCUUCCCAGCUCCGGAUCAGCGCAAGACCAAACUUAUGUUGUAUUUCCAGGGAGGCGGUGCCUGCAUCGACGACUCCACCUGUGCCUUCGGUCUGCAGUGCAUGUUCGAGACUUUUACAGCCAACGCCAGGCCACUGAGCACGGGCGUCCUCAACCGUUCCAACGACGAAAACCUCUUUAACGACUACAACAUCGUACACCUGCCGUACUGCACCGGUGACCUGCACAUCGGAAGCCGCAUCGACCACAUUGAGGAUAACCCUCUGUACGCGCUGCUCAACAUGCCAGAGUGCUUGGGCCACAACAUGACUCUACACCAGGUUGGCUUCAACAAUACUAAGGCAGUGCUCGACUGGGCGGUGGAGAACUAUCCGAACCCCGAGGAGAUUAUUAUCAGUGGCUACAGUGCUGGGGCUCUUGGUGCUCAGGCUCUUAGCGCUCUCGUAGCUGAGACGUGGCAAGUAAAGGAGAAAAAUAUUCGGUACUCGGUGCUCAGUGACAGCUACGCGGGUGUGUUGCCCAGCGACUACACGGCUGGCAAACUCAUUUCGUACUACGGGUCGUGUGAUCUGGACCUCAAGGUGACGUCCGAGCUCUGGGACCGAUGUGAUGACAACGAUCUGACUGUGACCGAGAUGAUGUCCUACAUGAUUGAAAACGUCCCUGCUGCUCAGUGGCUUUUCCUCAACAGCAUGUACGAUCAGACUCAACGGUACUUUUAUGAGCUGGUGGACGAAGGAAUUCUUGGCUACCCGUUCACAGAUCUCAUCAGUGGCGAGGACUUUUACUCGAACCUGACAGCUAUCAUCGACGUGUACAAGAACAUCAGCGACGACGUCUCGACGUUCUACGUCAACAGGUCCCAGCACGUGUACCUCACGGUGAACGACUACUACCGCAACGCAACCCGUACUCCGGGCGAUGAACUCCUUGGCGACUUCCUCAAGAACUGGUUAGUGACCAACUCGUCAAUUGACGCUGCUGCCUCGGCCGGCUCACUUGUGAAUGGAGCUCUGUCGCUUACUAUGGUGGCCGUGGUCGCCUCGAUGCUCUUCUAG